AUGGAGUCCGUCAAGAACGCUGCCAACUACGUCGGUGACAAGGUCCAAGAGGCUACCUCUGGUGCUUCCAAGGAGGCCAACAAGAACGUCGCCAAGGAUUCUGACGCCUCUCUCGGAACCCGUGCUUCUGCAGCAAAGGACGCCGCUAGCGACAAGCUCGACGAGAGCAAGCACUCCGCAUCUGCCGAGGGCAACAAGCAAGCUGCUACCCACUAA